AUGGAUGUCCAAAACGUGUUUUGCAUGAAGGGAGGAGUGGAGAAAACUAGCUAUGCCAAUAGCUCACUCAUUCAAAAACAUGCGAUAUUGAAGAUGAGGCUAAUCUUGAAAGACACAGUCAAGGAUAUGGUUAGCACCAACGACUUUCCUACUUGUAUUAAAGCGGCAGACUUAGGUUGCUCUUCUGGACCCAACACUCUCUUGGUGAUCUCCGAUGUUAUUGAAACCAUCUAUGGAAUGUAUCAACAAAUGAAUUAUGAAUCACCCGAGUUCCAAGUUUUUCUAAACGAUCUUCCAGCGAAUGACAACACCAUUUUCAAAUCGUUGCCAGCAUUCUAUAAUAAGCUCAAGAAAGAGAAAGGAGACAAGUUAGCUGGGCGUUCUUUCAUUUCCGGACAACCAGGUUCUUUUUAUGGGAGGCUCUUUCCGAGCAAAAGUCUUCAUUUUGUUCAUGCUUCAAACAGUGUUCAUUGGCUUUCUCAGGUUCCUAAAGGGAUUUCCAAUAACAAGGGGAAUAUAUUCAUGGCGAAGUCGAGCCCUCCUAGUGUAUUGAGAGCAUACACGGAGCAAUUUCACCGAGACUUUUCAAAUUUCCUAAGCUUGCGUGGUGAGGAAAUAAUGCCUGGGGGACGUAUGCUUCUUGCCAUUACAGGGAGGAGUGUCCAGGAUCCUACAUGCAAUGACUGUUGCAAACAUUGGGAACUGCUGGGAAAAUCACUCAUGGAUUUGGCAGCUGAGGGCAUAGUUGAAGAGAAGGAUGUGGAUUCUUUCAAUUUACCUAUAUAUAGACCCUAUGGGGGUGAAGUAAGUGAGAUUAUUCAAGAGGAAGGGUCCUUUGGCAUUGAAGGGCUUGAGACAUUUGAGCUGAAUUGGGAUCCUAACGACAACAUUGAGAACCGAGAAUUUGUGUUCAACAAGAACUCAAGCGGGAGAAGUGUGGCAGAUUGGACGAGAGCAGAACCCAUCCUGGCUAGUCAUUUUGGAGGUGCCAUUAUAAUGGACAGGUUAUUAUUCGACAGGUUUGCAGAGAAUGUUGCUGAGCAUCUUUGCUUGGAAAAGACAAAGAUGUUUUUCAUAGUCCUUUCCUUGUCAAAGAAGUAG